GUACCUUUUGUUUGAGGUGCUUUCUCUAUUGAGGCUCCUUAUCUCUCUCCAGCCCAACUCCAACUUCUUCGACAAAUCAUCUUCCCAUUCAACUUCAAACUCAUUUUCCAGCAAGACACUACACUGCAAAAGACAUCAACCUACCAUGAACCUCCUCACAUCUCUCAUCCUGCUGGCCUUCCUCGCCUUUGAGGCCCUCAGCACCACAACAUCUCACCUUGGUGGUCCAUUCGACGGCCUCCCCUUCCCCACAGAGCCCAUGGAAUUCAACCUCACCAUUGACGGCAACGAGUUCCAAGGCCAAGGCACAAUCCAACAUGUCUACGCUCAAUACGCCGCUUCUCACCCAGACUUCAAGCUACCCGAGAGCCUCAGCAUAGGUGCCGCACUUGCGCUCAAGGCUGAAAAUGACCGAGUUCAGGGCAAGAUUGAAGGUGAAGUUGAGAAGCGUGGAAAGAGCAGCGUCUACUGCCUCCCCAACCCUCAAGUCCAGUGGGUAAUGGCUCCCGAAGGCGGUGUCUGGCAAAAUAUCAACUUCCUACGCGGUGUCAAACCUGAUCUGUGCCGUUUCGCUGCUCGAUCGUGCAGAAAGCUGGCUUGUGCUAAUAGUGCAUCGAUCUUUGUCUGCAAUUGGGUGUGUCUUGUCCUUUACUAACUCUCCCUGUCGUGUUUUCUGCAAUUUUGCUAACUGGUGAUGUGU